UUUGUUGCCAAGAACCAUCUUCGAAAGUGCCAUUGUUUGUAUUCUCAUAGUUCACAUCACCUCUUCGUAUAUAAAACGCCUGGUUCCUGUUUGACAAGUAAUUGUGUAAAUGACAACAACACAUUACUAUUUUACGACACUUCUCAGAAUGAAAUUUAAUUGGUUUUUGGAAAAUCUUUUUGUCAAAAUUCCAAAGGCAUUUUCGACAAUUCGUCGAGCUCGAGAUAAUCUAUAGUUAAAAAUGCGUUUCUCGUUGGUUAAUUGAGCACGGUUAUAUGGCUUCAUGAAAUUUGGAUGUAGCUGAAAAGCUGCAUCUCCAAUCAACACAUAUGGGUACUUUUUUCUUCUCGGAUGUGGAAAGUUUAGUUGAUUCUCUGAAAGCUUUCUCCAGAAUACAGUGUUCUUCAUAACUCCACCAUCUGAUACUCGUCCAUUGGCACCAACGUAAAUCAUCAUGAAUUGAUAAUUUGCAUUGAUAAUGGCCAUGAGUACAAUACUGAAAGUGCCUUUGUAAUUGUAAUAGUAUGAUCCAGAGUUGGCUGGCUUUUCUAUCAGUAUAUGCUUUCCGUCUACACUGCCAAUGCAGUUGGGACUGAAAGUGAAGAAUGUAGAGUAUCGGAAUCAGAAAAAUUCCCGACUUGCUCUUCAACGCCGCAACGUAAAAGGUCAAAAAAAAGUUUGGAGAAUAGAACUGAAGAGCUGGUGGGCUUGGCUUCAGAAUAUUUUAAAAAGCCCGAAACUGAAGCGGACAUAAUUGCCAAAGGAUGGGCUUUGAAAUUGAACAGAUUAGCAGCAGAUCAGAAGAGAUUUGCAGAAAAAAUUAUUAAUGACACUCUGUUUGAAGCUGAGAAUGAAAGUUUGACUAAACUGGAGUGCAUUUUCUUACUUCCAAUAAUUCAUUUGUUCAAGCAAAUCGUCAGGCACAUUAUUCAUAUGCUGUGUUGCAACCAACGCCGUUAUCUUCAAACAGCACAUCACCGAGUCCAACAUAUGGCCAUGAAACACAAGUAAACAUGUCGGCAGUGCCUUACCAAAUUGAGCGCAUCAUCCCACCAGAAGAAGACGUCCCCAAUACUGAACUUCAAACAGAAGCAGCUACAGUAGGCGAAUAUUUGCAACACUUUUCAUCAUUUUAAGCAAUUUUUUUUUUAAAUUAUUUUUUUAA